CAAAUAAAAAAAUCCACACAGGACUGCAGGGAGCCAUGGCCGCAAGACUCAACAUUUUUUGGCAGUUAUCUCUUCUGCUGGGAGCUCUUGCUCAGAAUACGGUCGUAGAGAAAAGUACACUGACUGAGCCCGCUGCUAUAAUGAAGACAAUGCUCACCGUUAAGACCACACCCGAGACUGGGACGAAGCUCAAAGCUGAAUUCACACCAAAUCCUGACACUACACCCGAGGAUGACAUCUUGAAAAAGGUUGAGGUCACGCUAAAAGAGAAAAUACUGAGCAAGCUGAUGAAGCAGAAGCUGAUGCAACAUCUUCCCUGCUCUGAUGAUAUUUGCUGCCCUUACCCUUACACUCAGGUCCUGGACGAGUGCUUCUACUUGAGUUCACACUCACUAAAGUGGCAUGAGGCUCGCAUACACUGUCAGGGAAUGCAUGGUGAUUUAGCAUCGCCCAAACACAUCUAUGCUCUCAAGUCCUACAUUAUGACUAAAGCGGGUUGGUAUGAGUAUUUAUUGUUGUAGUUGUUGCUGUUGUUG